AUGGUCACGCCACCGAAAAAAGCAACUGCCCAAAUUGGUCCGGUUAACUUGGAGCCACCUGCAAAGCCCAGCUGCCUGCAAGCAACCUUGGCAUUCGUGUCAUCCCAGUCAUUGUCGCAAAUGGAGCCCCAUUCCCCAUUGACUCCCACCUCCGGCCUGCCGUGUUCAGCAGAGCCUCCUGCGAGCCUCAAGCUCACCCUGAUGCUCGUCAGCGUGGUGGAAGUGGUGCUGGAUGCUGUCGAUGAAGUCGAGGUCGAAGAGGCUGAGGUACUGGAUGAAGUCGAAGUGAGCGUGGCGGUGGUGCUGCUGGAAGUGCUGUAUAGUGACGAAAAGAGUUGGUACUGGAUUAAGUGGAAGUCAGUGUGGCGGUGGUGCUGCUGGAUGUACUGGAUAGUGUCGAAGUCAGCGUGGCGGUGCUGCUGCUGGAUGUACUGGAUGGGGCUGCUGUCCCCACUGGGAGUAGUAAAACGAGUGUCAAGCUACGAUGGACGGCACGUCGCUGACAAAGCAACGGGAAGCAGAUCAUCGCUCGAGGCUCGCCAUCCCUGUGAGGCUUUGCAGAACAGCUGCUAUGGGCGAAGGGGUACUAAGCAAGGGAUUACACAGGGCUUCCUCCCCUACACCAAACAUUGGCACAACGUUCUCAAUAUCGGUCGUAGUCUGGCUCUUCUCUUCCACUGGCUAGAAAGAUGA